AAGCAUAAUUCAGGCUUCACUCCCCCAUCGCUUUCACAGACUCAGCAGGAGACUUGAAAUGGCGCAGGAGUUCGUGAAAGCUCAGAUCAAAGGGGACAAGGUGGUGCUGUUCAUCAAGCCCAGCUGCCCGUACUGCGUAAAGGCCAAAGAGGUUUUGUCCAAGUACAAGUUCAAGCCUGGACACCUGACGUACAUUGACAUAAGCGGCCGCAGCGACAUGGGCAGCAUGCAGGACUACCUGCUGGAGAUGACCGGAGCACGCUCGGUCCCGCGGGUGUUCGUCGGUGAGAAGUGUGUUGGGGGCGGGGACGACGUGGCAGCGCUGCACAGCAGUGGUAAACUGGAGGGGAUGCUGCAGUCUAUCGGGGCCCUGCAGUAAUCGCUCCAGCUCCACUUCAAGGGCUUCGCGGGUCUCGACGUGAUCACAUGACGAUGCAGCGGGACUUGCGUAGUUUGCGGCGCCGCUGCUGGUACUCGCUGAGCUCCUGCAGGUAGCCCCUGGACGGCCAGCGGAGCCUCUCCACCUGCUCACGCUCCUCCUCUGGAACACACAAAUAUGGAUAUAAUCUCAUGCAAACACAACUAUGUGAUGUUUUGGUAAUAAAAACCAUUAAAAAAAUGGACUGCAUGAUCACAUAUAAACAAACAGCUGCCAUGAGCACUUAAAAGCAUGUUUUGUUCUUUCCCCCCAGCAAAGAAGCACUUAAGAACCUAGGCGUCUUCUUCUUUGUUUCAAAAUGUUACUCUGUACCCGUCCAGCAGCCUUAACCGAGUCUUGUGUAUGUAUGACUUUAUAAGACAAUAAAACAUGCUUGUGGUAUGAAA